CGCCGAGAUUUCGGCUGGGGGCAGGCAUAGCCGCGCGAGCCUCGGAGAAACGAAAGUCGAAAGGGACAACGCUUCCUCCCUCGGCUGCGCUCUGCUGGAGGAGAAAGGCGACGGGUCUUCUUCUUCGCGGAGAAAAAGUGUUGGUUCCAGAGCUUCUGCUGCUUCGGUUAUAACAUGCCUGACAACCAUCUUGACCCACAUAGAUGCAUGGCAAAACUUAAUGAACAUUGUCAGAAGAGCCUUUUAAAAUUGGAGUACAAAGACAUUGCUGUCACAGGCCCACCUCAUGAUCGUGUAUUUACUGUAGCAGUUGUAAUUGACAAGGUCCAAUAUAGUCCUGGCACUGGUAAAUCCAAGAAAGAAGCAAAAUGUCUGGCAGCUGUAUCAGCCUGGAGGACCAUACAGAACCAAAACAAGGGAGAGCUGGAUUCAUGUGAACAGCAUAAGGAGCCAAAGUUAUCCCUUGUUGCAAGUGUACCUGAAUUCUCAUCCUCAGAUUCAAUUAACUAUGUUUCCAUGCUUAAUGAAUAUGCAUCAAAGAACAAAGUACGUGUUCAGUAUAACUUGAUAUCUAAAACUGGAAUGGACCAUAAACCAAUCUUUUCUUACGAGUGUCAGAUUGGUGAUGAAGUAUUUGAUGCUGGAAAAGGAAAUAAAGUUCAAAUAGCCAAACUUGAAGCAGCCAAAUUAGCAUAUGAAAAGUUGAAUAGCUCAUCAGCUUUCAGGGCAAAAGAACGUGCUAACUCUAUCAGUGAUUCUUCAGAUACGACAUUUAGUAGUAGUCAAGGUCUAUCAAGUGAAGCAUCUCGGAGCAGUACAGAUUUGGAUUCAGAACUGAUGAAGAUAUCUGACAUAUUUUCUGACGAUUCCAUUCAGCUAAAUGAAUCUUCAUCAUCUCAGAAACCUGUCAGUCCAUCCAAUCACACUAUGAAACCUAAAAGAAAAGAAACACCUCUGGCUGCAAGAUUUUCAAAUCUGGGUAGAAGAAAAAGUAAAUUCACUGUAAGCAACAGAUUUCUUAAAGAGUUUGAUGAUAUAGAGACUAUUGGUAUAGGCGGCUUUGGAAAUGUUUUCAAGGCAAAGCAUAUCAUUGAUGAUAGAUUAUGUGCUAUCAAACGCAUCCGACUUUCAGGCAAAAAAGACAGUGGAGAACGAGAAGUAAAAGCAUUGGCAACACUUGAUCACCGGCACAUUGUUCGAUAUUAUACUUGUUGGCCUGAUCAAGACAUUUUCCAGUUUCCUGAUACCAGUGAGAGCAGCUCAGAGCAAUUUGACUGCCUCUUCAUUCAAAUGGAAUUAUGUGAAAAGGGAAAUCUGGCGGAUUGGAUAAAUCAACAAAAGGAAAAUUUAUCUUGUAAAGAUGAUUCUGUAGAAAUUCUAUUUCAGCAAAUAGUGCAAGGAGUGAAUUAUAUUCAUUCUAUGGAUUUAAUUCAUAGAGAUCUCAAGCCUCUAAAUAUAUUCUUUCAUACUGAAAAUCACAUAAAAAUAGGUGAUUUUGGAUUGGUAACUUCAGGUGUAAAUGAUGCUUCAAUACAACGGACAACGAACAAAGGAACAUUGCGUUACAUGGCACCUGAGCAGGAAGGAUGCAGUUAUGGCAAGGAAGUAGAUAUCUUUCCAUUAGGAUUAAUUUUAUAUGAAAUGCUUUUCCCAUUUUCAACUAGUCAUGAGAAAGAGAAGGAAUGGCCCAACAUUAAAGAAGGCAAACUUCCAAAAACAUUCAUCGAGAAGUUUACAAAAGAGACUUCUCUAAUUAAGAAACUGCUUUCCAAAGAGCCAUCUCAAAGACCAUCAGCAGCUGAUAUUUUGGAAUUAGUAAAAUGCCAGCAACACGCACGACACACUUAUUAGUGAAUUUGUCAAAGCGCAGGUUUUUGGUUUAUGUUUCUUUUGCUGUUCUUGAUUCCUGAAAUCAGUGUGAAUAGACAAAUUGCGAGACCCACUAAAUGUGAAGGAUUGGGUUUGCUCCUUAUGCCUUGUUAUGUUUGGUAUCUCCCGAGAAGUCAAAGAAUGCAAAGAAUGAGAAUGGAAGUGGAAUGGGAAGAUCUAAUGGAAAUAGAAAGAGUGCCUUUUGUGAACUUUGCAAGACCUUUUAGUCUCAUCCUGUGUGCAAACACAUAACGGCAAUCUGAUGUAUCUGAAUUUUUUUUACGAAGUUUUAAUGUGCCAUUCCAAUGCUGUUGUUAUACAGUUAAGUUUAAUAUUGCCUGGGAAAGUUAAUACCAUCCUUCUAACUCAUGGAACUACUCGCAUCAAGUGUUAAUUGUUAUCUUUUGCUUUGUGAAAGAUAGUACUGUGAUUAAUCUGCAGUUUUAUGACAGUAUUCACUUCCUUUCAGAUUUUUCUGAAUCUUUUCAAAUGAAUGCUAUUGGAGAUAUUACUGAUUUAUAAAAAGGUUAUAGAUGAUACGGUUUGCUUUCUUUUGCAAAAAUGUAGAUGUAAAUCCAUAAAUUAACCUUUUAACUUGCAAUGCAUAGAUGGGCAACUGUUUUGGAAGUACAAGACAAUGCAUUUAAUUACACUUAGCUUUCAUUUACUUUAAAAUCAAGAGCUCCAGCAUUACAUGAGUAAUGCAUCUAACAGUGCUUAUAAUUAUGUUGUUUCUAAAACAGAUCUAAUGUGCUGUCUUGCAUUUGUGUUUUGAUACUUUAAACCAGGUAUGUCCAACCUGCAGGUGCAUGUAGCCCUGGACAGCUAGUAAUGUAGCCCCACAUAAUAAAAAAUAUAAAAAACAAAGGACAUUUGCUAUUUAUAUACAUUAAUUAUAUUUUUAUAUGUAGCCCAAGACAUUUCUUCACUCAGUGUAGUCCCAGGCAAGCCAAAAGAUUGGCACCUAUGCUCUAAAUCAUUUAAUGUAUGAGGGCAAUUAGAAAAUAAACCUCCGUUUGAGCAUGUGUGAGAAAUAGGCGGGGAUAGCAACACCUGUCUAUGACGCCAUGCACCGUAGUUCAGUAGGCAGUGAGGAGUGGAAGAAGUUGUGUUCCAGUUGACUCGUCCGCUAGAUCAAUUGAAAAUGAACCAGUUUUUUAAAUGAAACAGUGGCUUGCAUCGCACCGCUUCGAUGAUGACAAUGUGCUUCACGAUGCUGUUACAGGGUGGCUUCAUUCCCAGGCAGGAGAUUUUUUAGCAAAAGGAAUUUCAAACCUAG